CACCACCACCACCACCACCCACGCAUCGCAGCCAUGGCCACGCAGUCCCACACGCACCGCACGCAGGCCGUGCUCUUCGACAUGGACGGCACCCUCAUCGACUCGACGCCGGCGGUGAAUGCGACGUGGCGCGAGACGUGCACGCGCUUCGGCCUCGACUACGACGAGGUGCUCAAGACGUGCCACGGCUGGCGCACGAUUGAGAACCUGGCGCGCUUCGUGCCCAGCAUCCCCGCCGAGGAGCUGCCGGCCGAGGUGGCCAAGUUUGAGGGGCGCAUCUCCGAGAUGGCGCAGGAAGCGGCGGCAGGCAAGCGCGACGAGGGCCACAUUGUGGGCAUGCCGGGCGCCAAGCAGCUGCUGCAACAGAUCUCGGCCGGUGAUCACGCGCGGCCGGGCUGGGCGAUCGUCACGUCGGCCACGGCCGCGUACGCGCACGUGGGCUUUGCGUCGGCAGCGCUGUGUGCGCCGCCGCAGCACUUCAUCACGGGCGACAUCUGUGCGCGCGGCAAGCCGGACCCGCUGCCGUACCUGCUGGGCGCGGAGCGCGUCGGCGUCGAUGCCAAGCGCUGCGUCGUCGUCGAGGACGCGCCGGCCGGCGUGCGCUCUGGCCGUGCGGCCGGCGCUCACGUCAUCGGCCUCUGCACGACGCACGCCGAGCGCAGCAUGUGGGAGGCCGGCGCCGACUGGGUCGUGCAGGACCUGGCGAGCGUGUCGGCUGCGUGGGAAGGCGAUGAGCUGGUGCUGAGCAUUGACGGGCGGCAACGGCCGGCAGACGUCGCGGCGCCGCAGCACGCAUAGAGCUUGUAGACAUGGAGGUGCAGAUGCAAUGCCGUAGACAUAGACUGCA